GCAAUGCCUCUGAUUGUGAAGAACAACAGCAAUGCCCCCUCUUCUGUUCCUAAACUCUUCCUCUUGUUCACCCUCUUCUCCAUUCUCUCCCUUGUUUUCUUCUUCUUCACCACUUCCACUUCCACAACUACCACAAUCUCACACUUUUCUUCUCUCUCUCUUCAAUCUUCCACCAUCAAUGUCUACGUCGCCGACCUUCCCAGAUCCCUCAACUACGGCCUCCUCGACCGAUACUGGUCCUUCGACUCCGAUUCACGACUCGGCAGCGACUCGGAUCGCCAGAUUCGAUCUUCCCUAUUGGGGGCCAAAACCCUAGAAUUUCCACCGUUUCCCGAGAACCCAUUGAUCAAACAGUACAGCGCGGAGUACUGGAUCAUGGGGGACCUGAUGACCCCUCCCCAACAGCGAAUUGGCUCAUUCGCAAAACGUGUUUUUGACGCGCGUGAUGCCGACGUGGUCUUCGUUCCAUUCUUCGCCACUCUCAGUGCGGAAAUGCAACUGGGUAUGGCCAAAGGGGUCUUCAGGAAGAAGGCUGGGAACGAGGAUUAUCAGAGGCAGAGGGCGGUCAUGGACUCUCUCAUGAAAACCCAAGCUUGGAAGCGUUCUGGUGGACGAGAUCACGUGUUUGUGCUCACUGACCCAGUCGCAAUGUGGCAUGUUAAAGAUGAGAUUGCCCCAGCUAUUCUCCUUGUUGUGGACUUUGGCGGUUGGUACAGAAUUGACUCGAAAUCUUCCAACUGUAGCUCAACUGAUAUGAUUCAACACACCAAGGUUUCUGUACUCAAAGAUGUGAUUGUGCCAUACACACAUCUACUUCCCAGGUUGCACUUGUCAGAAAACAAGGAGCGCCACAACCUUCUUUAUUUUAAAGGAGCUAAACAUAGGCACCGGGGUGGCCUCGUUAGAGAGAAGUUAUGGGACCUAUUGAUUAAUGAGCCUGGUGUAAUAAUGGAGGAAGGCUUCCCUAAUGCAACAGGACGAGAGCAAUCAAUAAAAGGGAUGAGAACAUCAGAAUUUUGCCUACAUCCAGCUGGGGAUACACCCACUUCAUGCCGACUUUUUGAUGCCAUUCAAAGUCUUUGUAUACCUGUUAUUGUCAGUGACAACAUUGAGCUUCCAUUUGAAGGUAUGGUGGAUUAUUCAGAAUUUUCCAUUUUUGUGGCCGUGGAUGAUGCACUGAAACCUGGCUGGCUAGUCAGUCAUCUCCAAAGCUUUUCAAAAGUGAAGAGAGACAGGUUCCGCCAAAAUAUGGCUCAGGUACAGCCCAUCUUUGUAUAUGAUAAUGGUCAUUCAGGUGGUAUUGGACCAAUACCUUCAGAUGGUGCAGUGAAUCAUAUAUGGAAGAAAGUUCACCAAAAAUUACCAAUGAUAAAAGAAGCCAUAAUUCGAGAGAAAAGAAAGCCACCCGGUGUUUCAGUUCCACGGCGUUGUCAUUGCACUUGAAUUUAAGUAGUUCUUCCUGUUUCUCCUUCAA